AAAAGGACUUUGUGAAACUGCAGCGAUGUCAGUCCAGGUUGUGGCAGCGAAAAUGGCAGAGGUCGAGCUCAAAGACGUCCCCACCGGCAAAGACUUACCGGCUGAAUCCCCGAUGACACCGACCUCGGAGGGCAAGAGCCUCGCCAGAAACGACCCACACGAGGCCGGUUUCUCUGCUGCUGCGUCCCCUACAGCGGAGCCCUCCUCCGCUAAAGCCGGGGACGGCAGCCUGGGCUUGCUCACCCCGAACCCCGCGAAGAUGCCGCAGGCGUCGGCUAUGAAGCGGACGGACCCUCAGCAGAACGGCGGAGAGGCUUUUGUCAACCGGGACGGCACCGUUGCCGAAGCACCACGGAUGAAAAAGAUCCAGUUUGCCGACCAGAAACAGGAGUUUAACAAGCGUCCUUCCAAGAUCGGCCGACGCUCUCUGUCCCGCUCCAUCUCCCAGUCCUCCACAGACAGCUACAGCUCAGCGGCGUCAUACACAGACAGCUCUGACGAUGAGACGUCUCCCCGGGACAAACAGCAGAAGAACUCCAAGGGCAACGGAGACUUCUGUAUCAAAAACAUCAAACAGUCUGACUUCGGACGCAGAGAGAUCGAGAUCGCGGAGCAAGAGAUGCCGGCCCUGAUGGCUCUGAGGAAGCGAGCCCAGGGGGAGAAACCCCUCGCCGGUGCCAAGGUGGUGGGCUGCACCCACAUCACUGCCCAGACUGCUGUGCUGAUGGAGACCCUGUCAGCUCUGGGGGCUCAGUGCAGAUGGGCGGCCUGCAACAUCUACUCCACUCAGAAUGAAGUGGCAGCUGCUCUGGCAGAAGGAGGUUUCAGCGUGUUUGCAUGGAAGGGUGAGUCAGAGGACGACUUCUGGUGGUGCAUCGAUCGCUGUGUCAACGUGGAAGGCUGGCAACCCAACAUGAUCUUGGAUGACGGUGGAGACCUGACUCACUGGAUCUAUAAAAAAUACCCAAACAUGUUCAAGAAGAUCAAGGGCAUCGUAGAGGAGAGCGUCACCGGUGUGCACAGGUUGUACCAGCUGUCCAAGGCCGGGAAGCUGUGUGUCCCAGCCAUGAACGUCAACGACUCAGUGACCAAGCAGAAGUUUGACAAUCUCUACUGCUGCAGGGAGUCCAUCUUAGACGGCCUGAAGAGGACAACUGACGUCAUGUUCGGAGGCAAACAGGUGGUGGUGUGUGGAUACGGAGAGGUGGGAAAAGGCUGCUGUGCUGCCCUCAAAGCGAUGGGCUCCAUAGUCUACGUCACAGAGAUCGACCCCAUCUGUGCCUUGCAGGCCUGCAUGGACGGCUUCAGGCUGGUAAAGCUCAAUGAAGUCAUCAGACAAGUGGACAUUGUUAUAACCUGCACAGGCAAUAAGAACGUGGUGGUGAGAGAGUACCUCGACCGUAUGAAGAACGGCUGCAUUGUCUGCAACAUGGGACACUCCAACACUGAGAUUGACGUGGCGAGCCUGCGGACUCCUGAGCUGACCUGGGAGAGAGUGCGUUCUCAGGUGGACCACGUCAUCUGGCCCGACGGCAAGAGGAUAGUCCUGCUGGCUGAGGGUCGUCUGCUGAACCUCAGCUGUUCCACUGUGCCCACAUUCGUGCUCUCCAUCACCGCCACUACCCAGGCGCUGGCUCUGAUAGAGCUGUACAAUGCCCCAGAGGGACGCUACAAACAGGAUGUUUACCUGCUGCCCAAGAAGAUGGAUGAGUAUGUGGCCAGCCUACAUCUCCCUACGUUUGACGCACAUCUCACAGAGUUGACUGACGAACAGGCCAAGUAUCUGGGCUUGAACAAGAACGGGCCCUUUAAGCCAAACUACUAUAGGUAUUAAAUCAGUGUUGGGGUUGGACAGAAGAAAUACUGAUACUCCAUGAAUCGCACAGACUCAUAGAGAAAGAGAGGAGGAGGACAGAAGGAAGGAAGGAAGGAUGGACAGAAUAGUCAACACACCUGCUUUAUAUACAGGGGGAGGGGGAUGAGCUCUGAUCGAGCCUGCUGGGGAACGGAGGGGGGCGUAGCUUUCCCUGCACUUAUCGUUUAAUUUAUUCACGCUUUACAACAAUAAUAAUAAUAAUGAUAAUAAUAACAUUAACUCUAAUUCCGCGGAGCUGCUCCUGUCAUUUGCCAUUAGCUAGCUCCCCGUUAAGCGAUGUCUUCUUCUGUAAGAUGUUUUAUUUUCCCUUCAACUCGUCAUUUCACCGUCUUCUCUUUUCUCUUUAGACGCCCAUUUGUGUGUCGAGUUGUAUGUAAAUCCUCCAUCCUCCCUUCUCAUUGCCAGAUCUUUUAUUGUUUAACUAUUAAAGAUGAAAUUAUUGACGCUAAAAAGAUAUAUACUAUAUUAAAAAAAAAAAAAAAAAACUCCAUUAAAAAAAAAUCUGUGAAUGAAGAUGACCUUUUUGAAGAUUUAGUGACGGACAUUUUUUUCCUGUCCUUUUUUGUUGUUGUCUUUUCUUUUCUACUUGUGAUCAUGUUUUUUUUUUUUGUUUUCUCUUGUGUAAUAUUUGCGAGGGCAGGGCUAGACCUAGUGGGGGAGGGGUUGGGCGGGAUCUCAGGGUCCAAUCAUAUCAUGUCUUUUAUUUGAUCGUUUCAUUGAGAUUAACAGUCGUGUCUGUUUUUAAAACACUUUUUUUAACGGGUUCUGUCACUUCAGAUCAGCUGAGUUGUAGUCUGUUAGUUCCUCCUUUCUUUUUCUUUUUUAAAGUAUGACUGGACAGUGAUCGGCUCUUUCCACCUGUCACUCAAACUCACAGUGAAACCAUCUCAUUGGCUGUUCAGCUUCUUUCUCGGCUUCCAGCGGCUCACACAACAGUGUUGAAGUAAUGAAAAGUAUUUCACGCUAGUGAGAGCUAACCUUUUGCAUUUUGUCUUUUCCUUCAUAAAUAAUGACUAUACUGUAUUAGAAGCAUGGCAGGUUGUCAGAUCAUUACAAGGGGUAACUGUAUAUUUAGAUAUUUAUAUAGAAAUUAAGAUUUUUCUAUCUUUUUCUCUCUUGCGCUAUCUAAUAUCAUUACUUUUGGAGAAAAUCAACAUAUGUCAUAAAAUAAGCAAUUAAAUGUUCUAAUGAUAAGUGUAAUAAAUGUACUUAAACUCUCAUUUUGAAUACUGUGACAGAAUAUUUACAGAGAUACCAAAUGUGCAGUAAGUUGCUGCCAGGCCGGUACUAACGCAGAUUUCUUCAAUAAGGUCCUCAUUGAAGAGUAUGGUGCUGUUAAGAUUUACUGUACUUGCCAUACACACCACAACUCUUUGGUACUCAGUUGUAGUCAGCAACAACAACAACAAAUUAAAAAUCUGGGACUUAAAUUCCACAAUUUUGUCCAUCAGAUUUCCUAUCUGUGCAGAUUCAAAUGCAUUUGCCUUUUUAAAAGGGAUUUUUCUCCUUUUUCCCAACUUGGCAUACAACUCUUUAUUUGAUGUUAGUGCCACCUCUUCAACUGAAAGGCUUAAGACUCUUCUGUUAUACUGAGCUGCACAGUCGUCAUCCUCGGCAGCUCAUCCUCAGCUGACCUGGAAAUAAGGAAGUCCUGACAUUUCACCUAACGGCCAGUCCACCUGAACCAAUCAGAUUCUCGGAGACGCUGCCAGCUCUGCUCUCACAGAGUGGGAUCGGAUGCUUAAACACACACAUGCAGCAGCUCAUUAUACAGGUCUGAAAUCUUUGGGGACUAUCUGUAUUGUAUUUGAAAUAUAAAUCUGAUCUUUUUUUCCAACUCUUGACCAGUUUGAAAUAGCACAAAAAACUUUGUUUACAGGAAGAUUAAAUACUUUUACUCCAAGUACAAAUAUACCCUCACGUCAUCCCUUAUUUGCCAUCUGUGUGACCUGUGACUUUUCAGCGAUACCAUCAGUGUACAUUUAACUGAAUUCCAACCAAAGUCUUUAAAUUCUGUGAAAACAAAAUAAAGCCUGAAGAAACUGAAAUUCUGAAGGUGUGUUGGAGCUUCUAACAUAAACCUACUGUAUGCUCAUCUGCCACCACGUUGUGUCGGAGCCCAUGCAACCUCACACUGAUCCCUGCCAACGUUUGUGCAUUUCUCUGUCUCUGUGCUGUUGAGAAUCCCCUCUCGGAGUAGUGUUAUCUGUUGUCCGUGUAGUUCCUGAACUUGCUGUCUAAAGUCUUACUUUAUUUCCUUUUUGUAUGUGUGAGUGUGAAAGUAUGUGACUUCUUGAGAGAAAGCUGAGCAGAUUAUAGAUGAUGAUGCACGUGUGUGUCUACAUGUCUUUGUGUUUCUAUACAGUACAUCCCUUUUUUUUUUGUAGGCCAUGGUUGCUUCGUUAACAGCUGCCUCAGGAUCCUAGCCUGUGCGUUAGGGAGAGAAACCCUUUUUUUUCUUAUUUUUUUCCCCCGUCAGUCAUAAGCUGACCAACACAUGGGUGGGCGGGGGAUGACACCAGCAUCGUAUAUGUAUAUACAUACUAUAUACAGAUAUGACAACCUUUUAAAAGUAUAGGAAGGAAAAGAAAAAUCAACUCCUGUAUUUAUUGUUGUAAAUCCUCAUACAGUGCUAACUGGCAAAAUUCUCAAACAUAUUUUAAGUUGUCUAAUAAAAGAAAAAAAAAUCCUAUGUUGAAUAUUGCAAGUGAUAAUGGUAGAUGAGCAAUAAUUAAAAAAAUCUGUAAUCUCAAUGAAUAAAGAUGUAA